UUUUACAUUUUGUAUUAGAAUGAGAUGAAUUCGCAGCCGAUCACCGAUUCCGAGGCUUCUUAGUAGAAGCAGCUGUCGCUGCAGGUAUGGCCACUCAUUCAUUCUUCGUGUCCUCUCUCUUUCACACUUACUCCUCUGCAACCAAUCCGACUCCAACUAGAAAGACAAAGAUUCAUCUCACUCUUCUCAAACCCAAUUCCCUCUUCCACCAUCUCCGUUUCUUCUCCCCCGUUGUCUCUCGCAGAGAGACCCAUAUCGCAGCUAACAACGCCAACACCAACCCACCCUCCUCCUUUUACAGACUCUUUCACACCAUCAAUAAUUCUUCCCCUUUCUCGUCUGCCUUAGAAUCCCUGUUUGUCUUCUGCACUUCCCUCGCACUCUCCUUCUCUCUCUUCAUUGCUGAUGUCGAUGCUGCGUCCGCCUUUGUCGUCACGCCUUCUCGAAAGUUGCAGACAGAUGAGCUUGCUACUGUUCAGCUCUUCCAGGAGAACACUCCCUCCGUUGUCUACAUCACUAACCUCGCCGCCAGGCAGGACGCGUUUACGUUGGAUGUGUUGGAGGUGCCCCAAGGCUCUGGUUCGGGCUUUGUUUGGGAUAAAAACGGCCACAUUGUUACUAAUUAUCAUGUGAUUCGUGGUGCGUCCGAUCUCAGGGUUACUCUUGCUGACCAAACAACUUAUGAGGCAAAAGUUGUUGGCUUUGACCAAGAUAAGGAUGUCGCUGUUUUGCGUGUUGAUGCACCAAAAGAUAAACUGAGACCCAUACCUGUUGGUGUCUCUGCAGAUUUGCUUGUCGGCCAGAAAGUUUAUGCUAUUGGAAAUCCUUUUGGGCUUGACCAUACACUUACAACUGGUGUUAUCAGUGGACUUCGUAGAGAAAUCAGUUCUGCUGCUACAGGUCGUCCUAUUCAGGAUGUUAUACAGACUGAUGCAGCUAUAAACCCUGGUAACAGUGGAGGGCCACUUCUUGAUAGUUCUGGCAGCUUAAUCGGGAUAAAUACUGCUAUAUAUUCUCCAUCGGGUGCAUCUUCUGGUGUUGGAUUUUCAAUUCCAGUUGACACUGUCAAUGGCAUUGUCGACCAGCUGGUGAAAUAUGGGAAGGUUACUAGACCUAUUUUAGGAAUCAAGUUUGCACCUGAUCAGUCUGUGGAACAACUUGGUGUUAGUGGGGUUCUUGUUUUAGAUGCACCUGCAAAUGGUCCAGCUGGCAAAGCGGGUCUACAACCAACCAAAAGGGAUGGCUAUGGCAGACUUAUUUUGGGUGACAUCAUAACAUCUGUGAAUGAGAAAAAGGUCAACAAUGGGAGUGACUUGUACAGAAUCCUUGAUCAAUGUAAAGUCGGUGAUGAGGUCAUCGUGGAGGUGUUGCGUGGUGACCACAAAGAGAAGAUACCUGUAAUUCUUGAGCCAAAGCCUGAUGAAUCAUAAUAUUGGUGUGGGAAUUUCAUCAUGGUAUUGGAGGAUGUUGUAAACUUCAUCUUCUAUGUAGGGUAUACAAAUUUAGGUGGCAAUUGUUUUGUGCAUCAAUUGGAUGGCAAUUGAACUGAGGCUAUUGUUGUACAUAUCCCACUUAUAAUGUCUAUAUCAUUAGUCUCAUUUUGUCUAUUUGCUGCAAA